AUGUGUGUGUACGUAUGUAUGUAUGUAUGUAUGUAUGUAUGUAUGUACGUAUGUAUGUAUGCUGGUUGCACUGCCUGGCGUGGUUUCGUAGUUGUCUGUGGCGGUUGCGAUAGCUGGCGAUGUCUGGACUCAGUGGAGGUGUUCAAUCCGAAAACGGGACUUUGGAAGAAUUUGGCUCCUCUAAAGACAGCCAGACGUGGCUGCGCUGUUGCUGUGGUGAACGAUUCUUUAUAUGUUAUUGGUGGACACGAUGGAGUGCAAUCAUUGAAUUCGGUUGAAAUUUUGGACAACCCAUCCGGGGAAUGGCGCUCCGGGCCACCUCUUACCACUUCACGUGCUAAUGUUCGAGCUAUUGUAACCCCUAGCCAAGAAAUCUAUUUACUCGGUGGUUUCGAUGGCACGGAAUUUCUCUCGUCGAUCGAAAUCCUCAACAGCGAUUCUUUAUAUGUCAUUGGUGGACACGAUGGAGUGCAAUCUUUGAAUUCGGUUGAAAUUUUGGACAACCCAUCCGGGGAAUGGCGCUCCGGGCCACCUCUUACCACUUCACGUGCUAAUGUGCGAGCGAUUGUAACUCCUGGCCAAGAAAUCUAUUUGCUCGGUGGUUUCGAUGGCACGGAAUUUCUCUCGUCGAUCGAAAUCCUCAACAGCGGUAUAGUUUUGAACUGUGAAAAUUUUCUUUUGUUAAGUUAA